AAAUGCACCAUAACAUUGGGAAAUCAUUUUCUGUUCUGCUGUAGAGAAAAACAUUUUUAUUUAGAAAAUGAAACAGCAAGUGUUUACUGAAAAUAAAACACUAAUAUAACCAGUUCUCUAGCAUGAAACCCAUCAAAGGAAAAAUAAAUAAGAUGUGCCAUUUGAUAAAUAGCACAUCACAUUUCUAUUUCAGGUAGCUAUCAGACCAUGAGAGCCUGAAGGAAGAAAAAUGUUACCAAAACAACAAACUAAGGGACAGUUGUUCCACAUAAUGAAUUUACGCUGAUAAACUAACAUUUCUAACACUCCCAUGGCCCUUCUCAGUCCAGCUCUGAUUUCAUGCAGCAUCUUGGAGAAAUGUUAUCCACCGGCAAGUAAGUACAAUGAGUUUUAAAUGAUGUUUAGUAAGCUAAAAUACUGAAUGUGUUGGAAUUAAUUAUGGGUUGCUGCAAAAUGAUUUGUGGCGGUCGAACUGGCUUAUAGACUGUGAUUUGAUUUUACUUUUUUUUUCAAUCGCUAGGACCCAUUUAUCAAUACUUAGGUCACUUUUUCAAAACUCUUCACACAAUGAUCACAACAGCAUUCUAUGUGGGCUAAACUUUUUAUCAUUUAUCACUGCUUUGACACAAAAUGCAUUAUACAUCUUUCAAAUUACAUGAAUACAUUUCUCACUUAAGACACAAACACCACCAAAACUCUACAUAUACAGGCCAAUUUGUAUGUUUACAUACUGUUAAACUAAAGUUCAAAACCUAGCACAACACAAAAAUGAAUAAGAUAGAAACUGGAACAUUUCUAGAGUAAAAAAUUAUGUGAUCAAUAAGUUAUGACAACAUAAGUUUUUACAUUGCUUUAACUCAUCAAAAUAAAUUAUACAAGAAACUAUUAAACUAUUAAACUCAUUUUUAAAAGUCAGUUUAAUGUAAUUUAAGUUGAAAUGACUUAAACAUCCAAGUUGAUUGUACUUAAAAAUGUAAAGCAGCAACUUUUUUACAGUGUAAUAUUGAAAUAUAUUCUGAAUCUAAAAAAAAUCAAAUAUUAUCAAAGCAAUUAGAUGUAACUGAACACCUACACAAGUUUUAGUCUUUCAAUUUUAUUACCAUCCAUUCAAAAGGGGAAAACUUAGGAAUAAUUUUGUACUGUAAUGUAAACAUGGGCUAUGUAACAUAUACUGCGGUAUAUUAUAUAAGCAGUAGAGAGUGUCAUUCUUGUUUUGUAAAGAAAUUUUACAAAUGAAAACAUUGUAUAAUGCUACCUGAUGUUAGUGUUUUUUAGGUCUGUGUUUUAUGAUUGACAAAGUGUGUUUGUUGGGUGAAAACCUUUAGUAUUAUGGAAGAAAGAGUUGAUUUGAGACAUGUAUGAAGUGUUUUGGUAGUUUUAGUACGUUUUAAUUGUGAAAUAAACUGCUGGGCCAAGUUGAAAGUUGAUUAGGAGAACUGUGUAAAAACUUUUGAAAAAGUUAUCUAAAUAUUGAAAAAUGUGUCCUAGCAACUGUAAAAAAAAAAAAUUGUAAUGCAUUUCUAUUCUUUCCGCACACUGCUGCCUGCUGACUAGUCAAUUAUAAUGAAUAAUAAAUCAUAAAUCAGAUGAAGAUGCGACCGUGCAUUAUUUGAAAUGCUCCAGGAUUAAAAUUGAAAUUCAACUUUACUUCUCUCCUACCAGCCACAACUGACCAUCAAUAUUAGCUUUGCCACUUGUGGACACCAUCAUCGAAAGGCUGAAAAAAAAGAAAAAAAAAAAAGAAAGAAAUCAUGGAUGAGUCGGUGAAUCGCACAGAUGAAACAUUCAUCAGACUGAGGAGAGGAAGAAUCCUUUGUGUUGAUAUAGUAGCUUUGAUUUGUGCUUUUUUUGGCUUUGCCUGUGUAGCCGUGAUCACAGGACUACCGAGGUGGAAACUGACUAUACGCUCUGGAUCAUGUGCGGAAUAUGAAGGACUAUGGACUAAAUGUUCUUUUAGCCAUGAUACCAGUUCAUUAACAUGCAAAGCCUAUUUAGAUCCAGCCCCGUGGUCAGCUCGUUACUUUAUAACUCUCUCUUUGGGUCUGGCUGCGGCUGCAUGGAUCACUUCACUCGUGAGCAUUCAGUGCGUCCGUCCCGACAGUGCCAGGUGCUGCCUGGUUGGAGCAGCCUGUUUGCACCUGCUCGCUUCACUCACUACUCUCAUCCCUGUGUCCUGGAUGGCACUCAGCAUCUUCCAUGCCGAUCGUAGUCUGAGCUCCAUUCAGUUCCACAUGGGAGAGGCUCUGUUUGUAGGCUGGCUGGCCUCGUGUUUGCUAUGCACGGCUGGGUUGUUGCAGUGCUGUUCUGGCCCCCUCAGCAGGGCAAGAGAAGAAACCACCAACGCUGAGUCCUCCAGCCACAGCGACAUCAGUAUGGACACACUGUUUAGCUCAGCCAGCCUAGACUCUCAUGCAAAUGCAUGCAUUAGUCAGCUGUAAAAAUGAGUUGGUGACAGUAAUGAUUGUCUUUUUUAAAUUCACUUAUAAAUAAGAAAAAUAAAAACAUUAAUGUGUGCCACAAGCCCAUAACUGAAGACUUCGCAUCAUAAUAAGGAGCCUUUCGUGUUUAGUCAAAUAACAUUUGUUUUCUAUCUGCUGCUUCUUCCUUUGCCAUAGGGGCUGUUAUAAGAUUUGCCCAAAAGGUGGCGUUGUGUUCCACCAUUUGUCAAAAAGCAAGUCAGCUUUUUAAUUCACUGUGGCGUUGUUAAAUCCGAUUCAAUUUAACGAAUCGGUUCGUUCCAAUGAAUAAGACCAAAUUCAUGUCAUCACUCAAAAAUGUUUUCAGAUGUAUUACGUUUGAGUUUUGAUAAUUGGUGAUUAUCACUAUGUUUUUAUUGUUAUUAAGAAGAAGAAGAUCAUAAUAGUAAUUAUAAAUAUUAUUAAUAUGAUUUACAUAACAAUAUGUACUAUUCCAUAUUUCAUAGUAUGACUCCUAAAUAAAGUCGUCCCUUUCAGCCGAGUAAACGCUUUUCGAAUCGUUUCGACUGAGUCAAUCAAGAAUCGGUUCAAAACAUUUCAUGUGAACAAGACAACACUAUAAUUCUGAGGACUCUCCUAUUCAUACUUUGAACAUUAACUGAAAGCUUGCAGUAACUUCCCAAGACAGCAUUCAGCUAACUUUACCUCAAACGGAUUGUCUCAGUGUGGCUAGUUUGGGAGAAGAAAAAAAUUAGUGCUUAUUGUACAACUUCACUAAAAAGAAUUUAAGACCCUGGGGAAAAAAAAGUCUGCGGUUUAAAAAAAAAUGAAGAUAACAUCGUGAAGAAAGCCAAACGCUGAGCAGAUUUUGCUUUAAUCCUGCGUCUGGAUCAUGUGUCGGUCAGUGGCACGCGCUCUUUACUGUCCUCGCAGUGCGCGUGCGGUGUGCUACAAGUAUUUGAAGCGAUGAACUGGGGAUAUCAGCUCAACAUAUUACCUGAAAUAUCUUGAAGACUCCAUUACAUCGUGGAUUUACCCGGCAAAGGAUGGUAAUGUGUUGUUUUUGAGGCAAUAUCUGGCUUUUUGAGGAGCUGUUUCCAUUACACGCGAUGGGAGGUGAAUGGAAGUUGAUGAGCGCGCGCUAUGGUUCCCUAAAUCCAGUUUUAUGACAUGAAGUUUUUUAUUUUUACCUAUUUUGAUUACAGAGCCAUGGAUAAGUGCAAAAGACUGUUAUUUUUCCUUUUUUACUUGAUGUCAAAGUUUUACCUUAGUGACCAGCAGGUCAUACGAAUCGGGGGAAUCUUUGAGACGCGGGAGAAUGAACCCGUCAGUAUGGAUGAACUCGCCUUUAAAUUUGCUGUUACAAGUAUCAACCGAAACAGAACCUUGAUGCCAAACACCACGUUGACCUACGACAUCCAGAGAGUAAACCUCUUUGACAGCUUUGAAGCCUCCCGAAGGGUAUGUGACCAGUUGGCCCUGGGGGUUGCGGCGGUCUUCGGUCCCUCUCACAGCUCCUCGGUCAGUGCCGUCCAAUCCAUUUGCAAUGCUCUAGAGGUGCCACACAUCCAGACACGCUGGAAACACCCAUCUGUGGACAAUAAAGACAAUUUUUACAUUAACCUAUACCCUGAGUACACCUCCAUAAGCAGGGCUAUCCUCGACAUUGUCAUUUUCUACAAAUGGAAGUCUGUUACUGUGGUUUAUGAGGAUAGCACAGGAUUAAUGCGUAUGCAAGAACUGAUCAAAGCUCCGUCCAAAAACAACCUGAAGAUCCGUAUCCGCCAGCUGCCUUCGGGAGGAGGUGACAGUCGCCCCCUGCUGAAGGAGAUGAAGAAAGAACAAGAGUUUUAUGUCAUCUUCGACUGCUCCUACCAAGUAGCCGCCGAGCUUCUCAAACAGCUGAUGUCGAUGGGUAUGAUGACCGAGUACUAUCAUUUUUUCUUCACUACUUUGGAUCUGUUUGCUUUGGAUCUUGAGCCGUACCGCUACAGUGGAGUCAACAUGACUGCCUUCCGCCUCCUGAAUUUAGAUGAUCCAUAUGUGGCUUCCGUGAUCCAGAAGUGGUCCAUGGAGCGCCAGCUGUCACCGCCCAAACCUGAGAGUGGAUUGAUGAGCGGCAUUAUGACUACCGAGGCUGCUCUCAUGUAUGACGCAGUGUUCAUGGUUGCUGUUGCGUCUCAGCGGGCCACGCAGAUGACAGUGAGCUCCCUGCAGUGCCACAGACACAAACCCUGGAGGUACGGCCCGCGCUUCAUGAACUUGUUUAAAGAGGCCCAAUGGGAUGGUUUGACAGGACGGAUAGUCCUUAACAAGACUGAUGGUCUGCGGAAAGAGUUCAACUUAGAUCUCAUCAGCCUCAAGGAGGACGGCACGGCGAAGAUUGGAGUGUGGAACUCUUACACGGGCCUCAACCUGACUGAGAUAAAAGACAAUAAAAACAUCACAGACUCUCUGGCUAACAGAACGCUUAUCGUCACCACAAUCCUGGAAAAUCCCUACGUUAUGUAUAAGAAGUCUGACAAGGUGCUAUAUGGGAACGAUCGCUUUGAGGGCUACUGUCUAGACCUGCUAAAGGAGCUCUCCAACAUCCUGGGAUUCACCUAUGAGGUCAAGCUGGUUUCUGAUGGCAAAUAUGGAGCUCAGAAUGACAAAGGCGAAUGGAACGGCAUGGUUCGGGAACUAAUCGACCAUAUAGCUGAUCUGGCUGUGGCUCCGCUGACCAUCACUUAUGUCAGAGAGAAAGUUAUCGACUUCUCCAAACCCUUCAUGACCCUGGGCAUCAGCAUACUGUACCGCAAACCAAAUGGCACCAAUCCAGGGGUGUUCUCCUUCCUCAACCCCCUCACCCCGGAUAUCUGGAUGUACGUGCUGCUGGCCUGUCUUGGAGUGAGCUGUGUGCUUUUUGUGAUAGCCAGGUUCACACCGUAUGAAUGGUAUAACCCUCACCCCUGCAACCCCUCAUCUGAAGUGGUUGAGAACAACUUCACACUGUUGAAUAGUUUAUGGUUUGGUGUCGCAGCUCUAAUGCGUCAAGGAUCUGAGCUGAUGCCUAAAGCUCUGUCCACCAGAAUCGUGGGAGGGAUUUGGUGGUUCUUCACUUUAAUCAUCAUAUCUUCCUACACGGCCAACCUGGCUGCUUUCCUCACAGUGGAGAGAAUGGACUCCCCAAUCGAUUCAGCUGACGAUUUAGCCAAGCAGACUAGAAUUGAAUAUGGUGCAGUGAGAGAUGGCUCUACAAUGACUUUCUUUAAGAAAUCAAAAAUCUCAACGUACGAGAAGAUGUGGGCGUUCAUGAGCAGCAGGAAGAACACAGCCCUGGUGAAGAACAACAAGGAAGGGAUUACAAGAGUCCUGACCACCGACUAUGCCCUCCUCAUGGAGUCCACCAGCAUAGAGUACAUCACCCAGAGAAACUGCAACCUCACCCAGGUUGGAGGCCUGAUCGACUCUAAGGGCUAUGGAGUUGGCACGCCAAUAGGCUCACCCUACCGCGACAAGGUGACCAUCGCCAUCCUGCAGCUUCAGGAAGAGGGAAAGCUGCACAUGAUGAAGGAAAAAUGGUGGCGAGGCAACGGAUGCCCUGAGGAGGACAAUAAAGAAGCCAGUGCCCUGGGUGUGGAAAACAUAGGGGGCAUCUUCAUCGUGCUGGCUGCCGGUCUCGUUCUAUCCGUGUUUGUGGCCAUCGGAGAGUUCAUCUACAAGUCGCGCAAAAACAGCGAUAUUGAAGAGGCCUUCUGUUUCUUUUACGGAGUCCAAUCCCGGCAGCUGCAAAGAAGCGAUUCCAUCUCCUCCACUGGCACGUCCUUAUCAACAGAUUUAGAGAGCGGGCGGCUCCUCGGGGAUGACAUAUGUUCUUCGCGUUAGCCACACACUCUCGUAUCUUGCUGUGAUGGAAGACCUGGGCAUAUCCCUCAGGUGCCACAAGGCGUUGAGGAAGAGAGGCAGACACAGAGGAAGAGCAGGCCUGUCUGGAGUCUUAUGUAACCCCAAACGCAUCUCAAGGAAAGAGACAAUG